ACUGUUUUUUUUCGAAUGUACGUCGCUUUCACUUCUAUAGCUGCUGUAUUUGGCAUAGUCGGAUUUACACCUGUACAAUUGUACCAUAAUCAUGUUGUAAAGAUUCAUUGGAUGCAUGUACGGUUGAACCGAUUUUGCAGUAAAAAAACAGAAGCAGUAAGGCAGGGAACCGUCUUGUUGAAGAACGAUAACAGUUUUUUGCCUCUAAAGAGAAGUGAAGUUAGUCAUAUUGCUAUAAUUGGAGCGGCAGCAAACGAUGCAUACAUAAUGGGUGGAGAUUACACAGGUGUUCCCUGUGAUCCUAUCACCUUCCUUAAAGGCAUGCAAGCCUUUGUUCCGCAAACGACCGUUGCUGGCGGUUGCAAAAAUGUAUCAUGUGACUCAACGGAUGGAUUUGGUGAAGCCAUUGAAGUAGCUAAAAGAGCUGAUAUUGUUGUUGUGAUUGCUGGGUUGAACCUGACUCAGGAGACCGAAGAUCUUGAUAGAGUGACCCUUCUCCUUCCAGGCAAGCAGCAGGAUCUCGUAAAUAUCAUUGCCGGUGUAACAAAGAAGCCUAUUGUGUUGGUCAUCACGGGCGGUGGUCCUGUCGAUGUUUCUUUCGCGAAGCAAGAUCCAAGAAUUGCAAGUGUCCUGUGGAUUGGAUAUCCAGGGGAAGUUGGCGGUCAAGUUCUCCCAGAAAUUCUUUUCGGAGAGUACAAUCCAGGAGGAAAGUUGACUAUGACUUGGUACCCCGAAUCCUUCACUGCGGUUCCAAUGACCGAUAUGAACAUGAGAGCCGACCCUUCGCGCGGCUACCCUGGAAGAACAUAUCGGUUCUACACCGGAGAUGUGGUAUACGGUUUCGGUCACGGUCUGAGUUACACAAAGUACUCAUACAACUUCUUGCAAGGUCCAAACAGAAUCAGCCUGUCACAGUCACCAGUUCCAGGCCUCAUCAGUAGGAAGCCUGCAUACACACGGAGGGACGGACUGGACUACGUCCAGGUUGAAGACAUCGCAUCAUGUGAAUCCCUAGUCUUCUCUGUCCACAUCUCGGUCACCAACGAAGGUGCCAUGGACGGGAGCCACGCCGUCCUGCUGUUCACGAGAUCGAAGUUGAGAGUUCCGGGCUUCCCUCUGAAGCAGCUGGUUGGUUUCGAGCGCGUUUACACUGCCGCCGGCAGAUCAACCAACGUGGAGAUCAAGGUGGAUCCCUGCAAGCACAUGAGCGCGGCCAACACUGAAGGCAGAAGGGUGCUGCUCCUGGGAUCCCAUCAUGUCAUGGUAGGAGACGAAGUGCACGAGUUUGUCAUCGAAGCAUAACAAUCUACAAGGUGUGUCACUUCUAUAGCUGCUGUAUUUGGCAUAGUCGGAUUUACACCUGUACAAUUGUACCAUAAUCAUGUUGUAAAGAUUCAUUGGAUGCAUGUACGGUUGAACCGAUUUUGCAGUAAAAAAAACAGAAGCAGUAAUUUUGACGCUGUUCCAGUUUGUCAUCGAAGCAUAACAAUCUACAAGGUGUGUCACUUCUAUAGCUGCUGUAUUUGGCAUAGUCGGAUUUACACCUGUACAAUUGUACCAUAAUCAUGUUGUAAAGAUUCAUUGGAUGCAUGUACGGUUGAACCGAUUUUGCAGUAAAAAAAACAGAAGCAGUAAUUUUGACGCUGUUCCA